AUGUCAAUCACAAACGAAUCUAUCUGGGCCGCGAGCCCCACCACCACUCGUGGCCAGCCCACCCAGCUGUCAUCCGACUCUAAAGGCGAGCGACUUGCAUAUGCUUCGAACAAAUCCAUUUUCCUACGCUCGAUCGACGACCCCGCAGUCGCCAGACAAUACACCGAGCACAAGGCCGCCACAACCGUCGCCCGCUUCUCCCCUUCAGGCUUCUACGUAGCCAGCGGUGACGCCGCCGGUAUCGUACGAGUAUGGGACUGCGUCGGCGACGGCAUCACCAAGGGCGAAUACAGCAUCGUCAACGGCCGCAUCAACGACCUAGCCUGGGACGGCGACUCGCAGCGCAUCAUCGCCGUCGGUGACGGCAAGCAACGAUACGGCCACUGCAUCAGCUGGGACAGCGGCAACACCGUCGGAGAAAUCUACGGCCACACGCAGCAAAUCAAUUCCGUCUCCAUCAGACAGCAGCGACCACUGCGCGCCGCGGCCGCCGGCGACGACAAGAGGCUAGUCUUCUACCACGGCGCGCCGUUUAAAUUCAACACCGGCAUUGGCGAAAAGCACACGAACUAUAUCUACGGCGUGGAAUUCAGUCCCGAUGGCUCGACUUUGGCCAGUGUGGGUGCUGAUCGCAAGAUCUGGCUGUAUGAUGGCAAGACCGGCGAAGCGCGGGGCCAGAUCGGCGAGGGCGAGCACAAGGGUAGUAUCCUGGGCUUGUCUUGGUCGAAGGAUUCACGGAAGUUUGUUACAGCGAGUGCGGACCGGACUGUUAAGAUUUGGGAUGUCGAGGCUGGUAAGGCUACUCAGAGCUGGACUCUGGGUGAGGAGGGUGCCUUGGCUGUUCGGGACCAGCAGGUUGGCGUUGUCUGGCCGCCGGCUAGAAGCGAUAACCUUCUCAUCAGUUUGUCUUUGAGCGGUGAUUUGAAUUAUCUGGUUGAGGGGACUCCCGAGCCCAGGCAGAUCGUUCAGGGUCACCAGAAGAAUAUCACCUCGCUGAGCCAAUCUGCCGUGGACGGUAAGGAGACGCUGUGGACCGGUAGCUUCGACGGCCGUGUCUGUAGUUGGGACACUGCUACGGGUAUCGCUGGCGAUAUCGAGGGUGAGGGACACCCCGGUUACAUUGCCGGUCUGGCACCGACAUCCGAGGGCACGGGCAGGAUUUACAGUGUCGGCUGGGACGACACCAUCCGCUCAAUUGAUGCCAGCGCGAAGACUUUCACCGGUACUGCUGCCAAGCUCAGCGGUCAGCCCAAGGGCGUUGCUGCGGGUGACAAGACCGUUCUUGUUGGCGCGGCUGAGUCUGUUGAGAUUUUCCAGGAUGGCAAGAAGACCGGGGAAUUCAAGAGCAAGGUCGGCGUUACGACUGUGGCUGCCAAUGGCGCUGUUGCGGCUGUUGGUGGCGAGGAUGGAUCCGUUCAGAUCUGCAAUAUCUCCAGCUCGGGCCUGUCCGUUCAGUCCGAGAUCGCGGCUUCGCGUGAUCAGAUCUCUCAGCUUGCUUUCUCGCCCGAUGGUGCCAACCUAGCUAUCGGAAAUGGACGAGGACGUAUCGUCGUCUACAAGGUCGCAGAUGGAAGCCUUGUCACUGAUCGCUGGACGGCACACACCGCGCGCGUCACUUCCCUUGCUUGGAACAAGGCCGGCUCCCAUGUCGUUAGCGGAUCGUUGGAUACCAAUAUCUUUAUCUGGAGCUUAGCCAAGCCGGGUACCAAGUUGGAGGUCAAGAAUGCUCACAAGGAGGGUGUCAACGGUGUGGCUUGGGUUGAUGCUGGCUCUAAGAUUGUUUCUGCGGGUGCUGAUGCUGCGGUUAAGGUGUGGAAGGUGGAGGGCCUGUAA